CGCUUGGCCCGCCGGGAGGCGCGGCCCGCCGGCCGCAGCCAUGGCGCCGCCGCCCGCCGCGCUCUGCCUCUUCGACGUGGACGGCACCCUGACGGCCCCGCGGCAGAAAAUCUCGGCGGAGAUGGCGGCGUUCCUGCAGCGGCUGCGGCAGAAGGUGAAGGUGGGGGUGGUGGGCGGCUCGGACCUGGCCAAGAUCCGCGAGCAGCUGGGCGAGGACGUGAUUGAAAAGUAUGACUACGUGUUCUCAGAAAAUGGCCUGGUAGCAUACAAAGAUGGGAAAUUCCUGAGCAAGCAGAGCAUUCAGGGCCACCUGGGCGAGGACAUCCUCCAAGAUGUCAUCAACUACUGCCUGAGUUACAUUGCCAAGAUUAAACUGCCAAAGAAGAGAGGCACUUUCAUUGAGUUCCGAAAUGGGAUGUUAAAUGUGUCCCCCAUUGGAAGAAGCUGCAGCCAGGAAGAACGACUUGAGUUCUAUGAACUUGAUAAAAAGGAACAUAUAAGAGAGAAAUUUGUAGCUGAUCUACAAAGAGAAUUUGCAGGCAAAGGCCUCACAUUUUCAAUAGGAGGGCAGAUAAGCAUCGAUGUGUUCCCAGAGGGCUGGGAUAAAAGGUACUGCUUAGGAAUUGUUGCCAAGGAUGGAUACAAGACUAUCUAUUUCUUUGGAGACAAGACCAUGCCAGUGAGGAGGGAAUGACUAUGAAAUUUUCACAGACUCCAGAACAGAAGGCCACAGUGUCACAUCCCCACAGGAUACCAGAAGAAUCUGUGAAGAGCUAUUUUUUAAAUAAAAGACUUCCAGAAUUCACACUUCCAGGACGGUUAAAACAGCAAAAUAACUUGAAACAUCAUCUUCAUUCUGUGUUGGUUUUUUGUAAUUGCUCAUGAAUAGCAGGUGCUUUGCAGGUCAGUCAUUACUAAAGGGAAAUGUUUUCAUUGAAGACCCCUUGCUGGGAACACAGCAGAGCUCAUGUAGCACCAUCCUUUCAGUUUCCAAUCACAUAAAUUGUUUGUUGUUUUUUUUUUUUUUUUUGCUUCCUUGUGGGGUUUGGGUUGGGUGAUAUUUUGGGUUGGUUUUUAAGAUACCUGAAAACUUCCUUAACUAAUUAAUUACAAUUUAGGGAGGGAAGGGGAGGCAUAAUCUGCCUCUAG